AUGAAGAGCAUCUUGGAAAUGUACCCUGAAUACCAGGACACCUCCGUCCUCGACAAGCUGCGAGAAACCGAAUACAACUAUCUCGACGAACAGGACCAUCUCUAUCUGGACUACACCGGCGCAGGUCUUGCAGCAAAAGCGCAGUAUCGUGCGCACGAAGAACGUCUAACGAACAGCCUCUACGGCAACCCGCACUCGAUCAACCCUACCAGCGAGGCAUCCACACACCUGGUGGAACAAGCCCGCGCGCGCGUGCUGUCCUAUCUCAACGCCUCCGCCAAAGAAUACACCGUGAUCUUCACGCAGAAUGCCACCGGCGCAGCCCGGCUCGUGGGCGAAGCCUACCCAUUCAGCCGGAGCAAGAAACUCAUCCUGACGUCCGACAACCACAACUCCGUCAACGGCAUCCGCGAGUUCGCCCGGCGGAAGCACGCCCGCACGGUCUAUCUGCCCGUGCAGGCGCCCGAUCUGCGCGUCGAUUCCGCAACGCUCGCGUCAGCACUAGGCGGGCUGUGCUGGCAUGGCGCCGGGCUGGGGGUGUUCAGGCGCGGCACGACACGCCGGCGAAAGGGACUAUUCGCGUACCCCGCGCAGAGCAACUUCAGCGGCGUGCGCCAUCCGCUGGCGUGGGUGAGCCUGGCACAACGCUGCGGCUACGACGUGCUGCUGGAUGCGGCCGCCUAUCUGCCCACGGCGCGCCUGGACCUCUCGUCGCCCGCUUGUCAGCCCGAGUUCAUCAUGGUGAGCUGGUACAAGGUGUUCGGCUACCCAACGGGGGUGGGCUGUCUGGUCGCGCGGCGCGACGCGCUCGCCCGGCUGGCUCGCCCGUGGUUCUCCGGCGGCACCAUCCAGGCCGUCAGCGUAGGGAUCCCCUGGCACCAGAUGGCGGCGGAUGAGAGUGCCUUCGAGGACGGCACACUGAACUUCCUCUCGAUCCCCGACGUGCGCGUCGGCCUGGACUGGCUGGAGCACAUCGACAUCAGCGUCGUGGCGACGCGCGUGCGCUGUCUCACUGGCUGGUUCUUGGAGCGCCUGCGCGGCCUGGCGCACAGCGACGGCCGCCCCAUGGUCAGAAUCUACGGCCCGACGGGGACAUCCAUGCGCGGGGCUACUGUGUCGUUCAACUUCCUCGACGCGGCUGGCAGGGUCGUCGACGAGCGCCUCGUGGCCCGCGAGUCCGCCGCCCACCGCAUCUCCCUGCGCACUGGGUGUUUUUGCAAUCCGGGCGGUGGCGAGAAUGCAUUCGGCCUGGACGUGCCGUCGCUACGUCAGCUGCGCCGUCUGUCCAAGACGGCGUCCCUGGACGAGUACAUCGAGCUCCUGGGGCUGCCGUCGGCGGGCGCGGUCCGUGUCUCUUUCGGGAUUGCGUCGACGGCCGGAGACGUCGAUCGCUUCAUUGCUUUUGCAGAGAGCACCUAUCGUGACCGCGUGACUGGCAGUGAGGAUUUGCCGGCGCGCGAGCAUUGUUGA